UAGUCUUUCCGCAAGUUGUAAAGUCCCUACAAGAGUCGCAAAGGGAGAAUAUUCUUCUUCAACUUACUCCAUACUUUUCUGUUGUCGUUUAGAUAAAUUUUUCGUCAUAUCGGCAUGCUUUGAGGUGCCAAGUGCAAUGACGAUGAAUCGACUUUGAUUUACGUAAAGGAUGAUUCCUCCGCUACUCGAAAGUCUAACUUAACUCUACCACCAUGAUUGACUUGACUCUGCCCCAAACAAACGAUCCGGCGAUCAAUCAGCGCUUACUUCAUGAAUGCACUAGCUUGAAUCAAGCUGUAGUCUAUAUCCAUGCCGAAUUAUCGCCAACUGAGAUAGAAGAAGUUGUGCGAGCAUGUAAUGAGGGCACAGAAGAAACACAUGAUGAUGAUACGGUUGUCCUAAGCCCCAAACACGAUUUCGUCGGGCAGCCUCUGCAAGCUUCCUACGACUAUCACAUCAAGAAUAUUGUACCAGAAGACAAAUACGACCAAGGCAACUAUGUUGCUGUUGUGGACAAAGAUUGGAAAGAAAAAGGUGUGAUUCAAGUCACUAUUGUCGAUGGACAUGACCAAGAGGAUGAAGAGGAUGAAGAGAUCAAGGCCGGGAUAGAUAAGCUGAGAUGUCCUGCGAGCGAGACAGGAAUCCAGAUCGUGAAUCUGCAAAUUGCGAACAUCGACUGGGAAGAGAUGAAGGAAGGGUCUAUGGAGAUCUAAGUUUGUAACGCGGGUUCUGGGAUUAGUGUGCCUGGUCUGAGAGACAAUGGCUGUUGAAGCGAUAUGCGGUGGGAAAAGUUGACUCGAUGAGGGCUCGAAGGGGACGAGGGAGUCGAGGCCUGUUACCUUUCCCCAUAUUUCCAUCCAAGCUCCCGUUAUUCUAUACAUCUUCAUAUUUCAGAUGAUCAUGACUUGACGCUAUUCGACUGUUGGUUCUUAACGAACAUGGGGACAAAAGUCCGUGCGUUCAGGGCAUCAGAAUCAUGAAUUUUAUUAAUUAAUUAGCUGUAGACCAGCCACAUCGCUUAAUUAAGUCGUGUACCC